AUGCAGAUCUUCGUCAAGACCCUCACCGGCAAGACCAUCACCCUCGAGGUCGAGUCGUCGGACACCAUCGACAACGUUAAGGCCAAGAUCCAGGACAAGGAGGGCAUCCCUCCCGACCAGCAGCGUCUCAUCUUCGCGGGGAAGCAGCUCGAGGACGGUCGUACUCUUUCGGAUUACAACAUCCAGAAAGAGUCGACCCUCCACCUCGUGCUGCGUCUCCGCGGAGGUAUGCAGAUCUUCGUCAAGACGUUGACGGGCAAGACGAUCACCCUCGAGGUCGAGUCGUCCGACACGAUCGACAACGUCAAGGCCAAGAUUCAGGACAAGGAGGGCAUUCCGCCUGACCAGCAGCGCUUGAUCUUCGCCGGCAAGCAGCUUGAGGACGGGCGCACGCUCAGCGACUAUAACAUUCAGAAGGAGUCGACGCUGCACCUGGUGCUUCGUCUCCGCGUCGAGUCGUCGGACACCAUCGACAACGUCAAGGCCAAGAUCCAGGACAAGGAGGGCAUUCCGCCUGACCAGCAGCGCUUGAUCUUCGCCGGCAAGCAGCUUGAGGACGGGCGCACGCUCAGCGACUAUAACAUUCAGAAGGAGUCGACGCUGCACCUGGUGCUUCGUCUCCGCGGUGGCAGCGCGUAG